AUGAAGACCCUCAGAUUUCAACUAUAUCGCGUUUGGGUAUUCUUCGGCCGCUUAGCUGAUAAAGCAAAAGGGAAAGAGACAGAGCAAAACGAACAACUCUCGCAAGCGUCAGAUCGUGACUCAGAAGGGGAUACCAUCAACGGGCCUAAAGCUGAAGACUCCCUUUCAUCUGAGGACAGACACCGGCCAGAAGGACGGUUGAAACCAGCUCUUCACCGGCUAAACGAUGAUAUUCUUUACUAUCUUGCCAAUUCUAUCCUGCCUCUUGACGAUGCAGCUGCCUUUGCACUUACCUGUAGAGCAGCCUAUAAAGCCAUCAGUGGGAGAAGAGUUCUACAAAGGCUCAACAAGGAGCCUGCCUUGUACCGUGCCAGAUUUCUCGAGCGCCUGGAACUGGACUUCCCGAAACACGUCCUUUGCUAUGAAUGCGGUAAAUUUCAUACGUGGUUGGAAGAGAAUGUUCUCGGCCUAUCGCCCUGUGACCUUAACGGCAUUCAACUGGACUAUACCACGGGUUUUCCACGUCUGUUUUAUAGGCAUGCAAAAGAGAUUGCUAAUCACUAUAGAUUAGGCCCUCGCUACGGACGAAAUGAGCUUUAUCUAGUACCCCAGGCGCCCUAUUUUAGGAGGGACACAGAAAGAAAUAUCGCACAUGCUGUAUAUAUCAGCCCAAAGGCGGUCAAUAACGCAGGGAACUUCGAAUUGAUCUUAAGGAGAACCUCGUAUGUGGAAUACAAAUAUACUAGCAGGAAGUCGAGGGAGGAGGCAAUAUACGCUACCCGUUGUAGAAGCCACCAUCUUUGGCCCGGCUUCAAUGAAAAGAAGCUAGCACGGGAAAUGCUUCCGCUAUGCUAUCGAUGUGAGAUGUGUGGUGCUGAGCGGCAAUUCACUAUUACCUACUUAGCAUCAAAGCCUGGGUAUGCGGUUAUUCGAAGUACGAUGUGGGAAAGCGUAGGACAUUGCGAGAACUCUGGCUACGGGCGAUGGCAGCACAUCUGCUCCAGCGGAAGUCCAGCAACCAUUCACCAGUUUCUCAGCAUUAACCAGUCAGAGUUGAUUCUCCAGCGUGCCUUUAUUGAGGAGAUGCCCGGUAAUUUUACGCAGGGGUUCAAUGAUGAAGUUGUCCAGAAACUGACUUAUUGA